AUGAGAAAGACACCAAGCAAAAAGAACACACAAGUUUGCAAAAAAGUGGAGAACAUGUAUUUCCGCAGUGCCCCCAUCCCCGCCCACUCCCCUGCCCCCUGA